AUGUCCGGCGUGUCUUCCUCUUCGGGCGGCUCGCCCACGGCCACCCCCAUCCCCGAGGGCGCCGAGAAAGCGACGGUCGCGGCCGGCUGCUUCUGGGGCGUCGAGCACGCUUUCCGCAAGAAGUUCGCCGACAGCGGCCUGUACGACGCACGCGUCGGCUAUAUUGGCGGCGACGUGGCGAACCCGUCGUAUCGCGCCGUGUGCGGAGGCAACACUGGCCACGCUGAAGCCACGCAGCUCAUCUACGACCCGACGCAGCUCAGCUACUCACAGCUGCUCGAGUUCUUCUACCGCAUGCACGACCCGACGACGGUAGACCAGCAGGGGCCAGACCGGGGCCCGCAGUACCGCAGCGGCAUCUUCUUCCACUCGCCUGAGCAAGAGACGAUCGCGCGGGACAUUACCAAGAGCGUCGACGAGCAGUGGUGGAGCGGCCGCGUCGUGACCGAGAUACUGCCGGCAAAGGAAUGGUGGGAUGCCGAAGAAUACCACCAGCUGUACCUGGAUAGAAACCCCAUGGGCUACGAGUGCCCGAGCCAUUUUACUCGACCGUUCCCGGAGCUGAAGUAA